GUAGUGAUUCCUGUACUAUGUCUGCUAUGCUGCGUCACCAAUUGGUGUGCAGAAGCUCGACGAAUUUGGCGUACUGGCCAUGCCAGCGACGAAGAAACCCUAAAACUGAAUCCAAGGAGUGUCCAAGUGUCAGUCUCCGACUCUGGAACAGCUGUGGCGUCACUUCAGCCUGUCGCACCUCAACGGGUAAUUUGGUAAACUUCUUUGUGCUGCAAUUUUGCAAAUGAUG